GCAGGUGCCAUGAUUAUGGUUCAGCAGCUAGUGUUGGAUAAUGAGUGAUUUACAUAGUGUGAGUUUGGGUUUAUAUACAAUAUCACUGAUUAGGUAGGUUAUUGUGUCAUAAAUUAAAUUGUGGCAUGCUUUUUAGGAUUUAAAGCUCCACAUAAAGGUGAUUUUCCAAAUACAGGUGCAAAUAUCAGCUGUGUCACUGUCUCUGUCUCUGUGAGGACAUGGCCUCUCCUCCUCAUUGAUCUUAUGCUGGAAAAAAAAUAAAAACUACCCUCAUGCAGCCUUUUACCAUACACCCACAUCACAUUUCUGAAGCCCUCUGUGAAGUAUUUUCCUUGAAGCAUCCGAUGGUAACACAGUAUGCUGUAUUCUAUAACAGCAGCUGCCAUGUCUUUAGGCUAUAUAGUGUGAUUAGAAGUUUAACUUUCUGGUUUCACCUUUCUUUCUUUCUUUCUUUCACACACUCAGGUUUACGCACGCAGACAGAGAGACUUUCUGACAGUCUGAUUUACAGGACUCACAUAUUUCUCUGCUCUCUCUCUCUCCUUUAUGUCCUCUCUUCUUUUCUCUUUGCUCUGUUUGCUGGAAGCCUCGCGCUGUCCGGGGUUAUUGGUGCUCGAGGGGGCUACCGGGGGCUACCGGGCGCUCCGGGGCGCGUGCUUUACCGCUCUUAUGGCGUUCUCUUGGUUACCGGUGCGCGCGGGGCCAGAGAGAGAGCCCCGUGCACCGACCGGCUCGAGAGAAGAAGAGAAGAGAGGAGAGGAGAGGGGAUCAUUUUGCUCAUUUAGAAAAAAGAAAAAAAAAACAGACUGUAAUGUCUCACUUUGCUGGAAAAUAUCUACUUUUUUCUUUUUAAAGUAAACAUGACACUUUAUUCUCACUUUUUUUUAAGCUUCCACACAGGCUGUGAUAAGAUAUACGCUCCUAACUUAAGAUCUUAACAUAAGAUUGAAGAAGAAUUGGUCUAUUUUGGCUUUUAUCAAAGAAUAUCUUAUUCCUGCUGCUGCCAUAACCAAAUAGCUUUAUAAGCGUAAAGGUUUUUUUUUCCUGCACUCAAAUGAAUAAUGUCAUAACUGUUCAGAUCCUAUAAUGAAAUACGUGGUAUAUACAGCCUGACUUGAUUGUUUUCUCAGUUUUUUUUUUUUUUUUGCCUUUAUUUAAACACAUUUUAAGAUAAUGUGUGUGUGAGGCAUUUAAUUUGUAUUAAAAGCCAUUGACCAUCUUGUAAGUCCAUAUGCUCACACCUCCUGAGCACUGCUCUAUUACAGACAUCAUUAUCAUCUUACACCUUCCUUUAAAAACGAACAGCACACACAACCAACAACUACUUAUCCUGAUUAAGGAAUCAUCCCAAAAAAAAGUGCAGUGUUUUUCAUCUCUGAAUUUGGUCUGUAUAAGAGUUUGGAGAGAAAAGUGGGCUGCUCCUGUCUAACAAACACCAAUCUGUUGACACAAAGAUAUAAGACAGCAGGUUGCAGGUGACAGAGGCUGUGGCUUUGUCAACAGACAAUAUUGAGAUGCAUAGCAGGAGAUGGAGUGGUCUCUCGACUUGACCGCAUCCCAGAGGGUCUAUGUGUGUCUGUGUGUGGCAGAGAGAGAGAGAGAGAGAGAGAGAGUUAGAGUGUGUGUGUGUGUGUGUGUGUGUGUGUGUGUGUGUAUGGCAGAAAGGGGGCGCUCUGGGCCUUGAAAUCCUGCGUCCAUAGUGCGUCCUGCUGCAGUGAGAGAGUCGGAGUCCUCUGGUUUGGUUUCAGGUCCGACUCUCACAUUUCUAGAUUUUCUCUCUCUGCCUCUGGAUGAACCCUGAGCAGGCGAAUACGGUGCUGAUCAGAGGCAAGAAAAGCGAUGGCCUGGAGACUGCUUUUAUAAAAGUUGUCACUUUUGUAGACUCAGGUUCGGAAGAGCGCGCCCAGCCGAGUUCGGAGCUCCGGAGACCGGACACUUCCUUCGAGACGCCCGCCGAAUCCUCCGCGCUCCAGAACGCCAGCCCUCCACCCAGAACACCCAGCACCAUUCAGCGCGCAGCUCUUUCACCAGACAUGCCCUGUGUGCAGGCUCAGUACGGGCCCGCCCCUCCAGGCUCAGCCUACUCUGGCCAGUCCUUCAGUUACCAGGGCGACAGCUACAGCUCUGACUUCAUGACCCCCGACUACACCAAACUGGACCUGGGCGGUGGCGAGAUCUCCGCCGCCGCCACCACCUCCCUCCCCAGUUUCAACGUCUUCGUUGAGGGGAGCUACGAGCCCAAGUCCUCCUGCCUCUACCAGAUGCCCACGCACAGGCCCAUCAAGAAGGAGGAGGAGAGCUAUCCGACUGCUCCGCCGCUGGAGGCCAUGUCCUCCUCCGCCAUGUACUUUAAACAGUCUCCCCCAUCCACCCCCACCACCCCGUCCCUGCCGCCCCAGCCCGGCACCUCCUUUCUGUGGGAGGAGCACCCGCUGGCCCCUCCGUCGCACCCCCACUCUCUGGGCUCCGGCCUGGAUACGGGGCCCCUCAAGUCGCCCCGCUUCACGCACUUCUACCAGCACUCGCCCCCCCACAGUGGCGGCAGCGUCGGCGGUUACGAGAGUCUGGGCGGAGGGCUGGUUCGCACCUCCUCCUCGUCCUCCUCCUCCUCGUCGUCGGUGUCCCAUCCUCACUGUCCACCCCUGGAGCAGCCCAUGUACCAGCUGCACCGCGGUGCCAGUGGCAGCAGCCUCGCCUUCCGCUCCCUGGCUCUCGGGCCCUGUGGCCCCCUACUAGGAGACAGCCUGCCGUCGCCUCCCCAGCGUGGUCCCCAAGGAGAAGGCACCUGUGCGGUAUGUGGGGACAAUGCAGCCUGCCAGCACUACGGCGUACGCACUUGUGAGGGCUGCAAGGGCUUCUUCAAGCGCACCGUGCAGAAAAACGCAAAGUAUGUGUGUCUGGCCAGUAAGAACUGUCCUGUGGACAAGAGGAGACGCAACCGAUGCCAGUACUGCCGCUUUCAGAAGUGUCUGAGUGUGGGCAUGGUGAAGGAAGUGGUGCGUACUGAUAGCUUGAAGGGGCGCCGAGGCCGUCUGCCCUCCAAACCAAAGAGCCCCCUGCAGUCAGAAGCGUCUCCUCCUUCUCCACCCCUCAGCUUGCUCUCCGCUCUGCUCCGGGCUUAUUCCCACUGCACGCCCCGUGACCUCGACUACAGCCAGUUCAGCGCUGCCGACCCUCCCUCCUCCUCCUCAGAUGCCGAGCACAUCCAGCUCUUCUACAGGCUGCUCACCAUCUCGAUGGACACCACGCGAUGCUGGGCCGACCGGCUGCCUGGCUUCUCCGAGCUUCAGCGUGACGAUCAGAACCUGCUCAUAGACUCGGCCUUCCUGGAGCUGUUUGUCCUGCGAUUGGCUCACAGGUCGAUGCUGUCGGAGGAUAAACUAGUGUUCUGCAACGGUUUGGUGCUGCACAGGUUCCAGUGCCUUCGUGGGUUCGGAGAGUGGCUGGACUCCAUCCGGGACUUCUCCACCCACCUCCAGAGCCUAAACCUGGACGCCUCCGCCUUCGCCUGCCUGGCCGCCCUCGUGCUGCUCACAGAGCUUUGCCUGUGGGUGAUUCAAUGUGACAGCGAUCAGGUGGAUACAUCCACUGACGUCACACAGCAAGUCCCAGGUCUGAAGGACUCAAAGCGGGUUGAGGAGCUGCAGAACAAAGUGAUUUGCUGUCUCAGAGACCACCUGGGCUGCGGCCUCUCUUCCUCCUCGUCCAAGGCGGCGCCCCCUCUGAGUCGUAUUCUGGGUUUAAGGGCAGAGCUGCGUUCCCAGAGGACCCAGGGCCUUCAACGAAUCUUCUACCUGAAGCUGGAAGACCUGGUACAGCCCCCUCCAUUGAUCGACAGGUUCCUGGACACGCUGCCCUACUGACGGCCCGGGCUGACCACAGAGAAAAAAAACACGUCCCCCCCACCCCCCCUCCAGGAGCACGCACACACAUCCAGAGAGACUCUCACUCCCCUCUGACUGAUGCAGAGCAGAGAGCCAAUCCAAAAACGCUUUUCACUCAACAGGACGACCAAUCGAGAACGCCUGUCACUCAAACGGGCAACCAGCUUUUCACCAGUGUAAAAGACAAUUACUCAAACGCUUUACCGCUUUUUAUUUGAUCCUCCUGUUUUUCUCAUGUGGGGGAAGAUGACGAGGCCGAGAUGGACGGCAGAAAAAUGACUUUUUGAUGUCCUCUCUCCGUCUGGGUGGGAAAGCUCAUCCAGCAAAAAAGAAAGAAGGUUUAUGAGUACUGUUUAUCUGUGUUUCGGCCUGACUCGUCCAGUACGAGGACUUCUUUUUAGUAAAGAGGGGGGAGGGGUGGUGUCACUGUGUUCGAAUGUUUUCAAAGCUGAAGAUGUCCCAGUGCAACACAAGUCGCUGUGUAUUCUAGUUCCUCCUGCUGAAGGAAGGACGGGGGCGUUUUCAUACUGAAAGGUCAGAGGUCAGACAGCGUGAGCAUAGACACGCAGAGACAUCACAAAGAGGGCACAGAUAUUUCAUAAACACAUGGAAGAGGCUGUUGAGUCGGGCUCUUGAUUCCAAGUGCAAUUUCUUAAGUGCUAUCUCACCGCAAAAAGGAAGAGGUGGCGAAGUAACAGUUUAAUUUCAAACUCUAAAUUAUUUUAAUACAAAGACUUGUCCUGUGCUGUCAGUAGCUUAAAGAAAGAGAGACAGUCUCCGCUUGGCUUUAGACAGCAGAGGAGAUACUGUGCACUAACGAUUGAUGACUGAGUCACCCAGACUUGAACUUGCUCUAGUAUGUUGUUUUUUUUAUUAACUCAUUUUGAAAUCAUAGGUCGAGUAGGAGUAUGGAGGAAUGAACAUGGACAGAAAUUGGCUUUUGAAGCACUUACACCCUGAGAAGGGCUAGAAGCACUGACACACACCCUACCUGCUCCCCCGGAGGAUGGCGGCGGGUCGGGGGAGAGGAGGGUGCUCGACAGAUAGCUGUACGUCCAGGGGUGAAACAUUCCGCAGUCAUGCUCUUUUUUCUAUUUGUUUCUAUUGUGGAGGCCGUGUGAGAGUGUGGAGGACAAUACCGUCUUUGUGUGUACGCUUAGAGAAGCCAGGAUCAUAUGCAUGGUGUGUUAUAAAGCCGUCAAGAGCUGCCAUAGCCUGUCAAAACAGCUCGACCUGUGUUUGUGUCUCAGACUGCGGCUCUAUUGGGGAUCUCCCCGGGCCUCCACCACCCACUCACACUCACGGCAGCCGUUUGAAAUAUGAAAAAAAGAAAAUUAUAUAGAUAUAAAUAUAAAUAUAAAUAUAUAUAUAUACAAAACUAAUAUUUUGAAGUGUUUUUAGCUUUUUCAAAUAUUGUGGUACGAGUUGUGCAUUGUUUUUUGAAGAAGAGAAACAAAAAAGACAAAAAGUUGCUGUUUUUUCAAUGUCCCUCUUUGGUUUGAGUUUCCUGUUCGAUUUAUGUUUUUCUUUCUCUUUGGUUCACUGGAUUUUCUGUUCAGCACUUUGAAAUCAUAAACUAGUUCUGAUUAUUCUGCC